AUGACAGGCGCAGGCAGCAGCUCGUUUGGUCGCGACUUCCUUCGGUUGUGCCACGACAACAACGGCAUCGAUCUUCACAAGUUGCUCCAGACAACCACCGGGAAGCAGCCUGCAGAUGCUGACUUGGAGGGCACAAGAGACGACGGCGUCGCAAAGAGCAUUGGGCUUGCUUGGAGCGCCGGGGCAACAGCUGAAGGCUUAGAUGCCUUCCUAGAAGCUCUGCGGCAGUGGGCCCGAAGGUAUCUGGACAGAAACGACAAGGUUCGAUGGAUGCUGGCACCGAUGCUGUGGAUGGCAGCCAGGCCGAGGCAGAUAGCUGUCGAGCUGGAUGGGAAGGAUUCUUCCAGGUUCCGAGGGAAGGUGGUGGAGGAGUUGCGAAUCGUCUUCACCAAGCUCCACCAAGACAGAGCCAGGAGGGAGGGCGCCCUUGUAAUUUGCUGCGAGCUCUUACGGCUCUACCGGAGCCUCGGACAGGCAUCUCAAUGCAGCUUCAUCCUGACGACCGUUGGCAACGUGUGGCGAGAAGACAAGUUUGAUCCUGACAGGCUGCCAAAGUCGUUGCUUGUGACUUUGUACUUCCUUUGGGGAAAGCACCUAGUGCUGGAAGGCAAAAUCGUCGAGGCAGAAGCCAAACUAUCGCGCGCAUUCUCACUUUGCCCUCCCAAGGCCGCUGGCAACAGACAGAGGAUUUUGACAUACUUGAUCCCCUGUCGACUGCGGCUUGGUCAGUAUCCAUCUCGAGGUCUGCUGGAGCGGAACGGGCUCUUGAGCCUGGCGGGGCUGGUGGUGGCAACAGCCGCCGGUGACGUGCGCCGCUUCAACGAGGAGCUGGUUCGACAGGAAGCGGAGCUCAUUGCACUGGGUACCUACCUGGUGACCGAGAAGCUCAAAGUAGUCGCUUACCGGAACCUCACGAGACAUGUGUUCGAGCACCAAAGUGAGAAGCUUGAGGGGAUGCAGAAGUUCAAGCAGGACUUCGCACCCUACGAGUGCGCCUUCCGGUGGCAGGACGAUUGCUCUGAGGACGAGACCCUGUGCCUGUUGGCUCACUUGAUCUACAUCGGGGCUGUCAAGGGCUAUCUCUCGGACCAGCGCCGCAAGGUCGUCUACUCCAAGGAGACCCCUUUUCCGGCCGCAAGCACCUGGGCGAGCAAGGCAUAG